AUGAUACAUGCAUCUCCUUGUUGCUUGUUUGCAAUACGUGGACUUUGUCCACGUCUCGAGGCUACAAAUACACGUCAAAUUGCAGCGCCCUACAUCGAUCCCGAGCCACCACAACUAGCCAUGGCAUCUUCCAAGAGUAGUCUUGCAUUCUUCGCCCUGGCCAUGGCCAUAGCCGUGGUAGCCAAUGUCUCUGCGCAGAACACUCCGCAGGACUACGUCAACCUGCACAACCGCGCCCGUGCAGCGGACGGCGUCGGCCCCGUGGUGUGGAACAACAACGUGGCCAAGUUCGCGCAGGACUACGCGGCGGAGCGCCGCGCUGACUGCCGGCUGGUGCACUCCGGUGGGCGGUUCGGCGAGAACAUCUACUGGGGGUCCUCGCAGCGGAUGACCGCAGCCAACGCGGUGAACAGUUGGGUAUCUGAGAAGCAGAACUACCAUCGCGGCAGCAAUACCUGCGACACGGGCAAGGUCUGCGGGCACUACACACAGGUGGUGUGGCGCAGGUCGACCCGCAUCGGCUGCGCCCGCGUGAUCUGUGACAGCAACCGGGGCGUCUUCAUCAUCUGCAGCUACGAUCCCCCGGGCAACGUCCGAGGCCGGGGCCCUUUCCUCGCCAAGUAG